AUGCCAGAUCAGAUUUCUCCCGAAUCUGGAGCUGGCGCUAACGUCAACGAGCACACGCACGAUCAAAGCAAAGAGCAAGCAGCCCCCAGCAAGAUGCCAGCAAACUCUGCAAGCGAUACAAUUUCUUCAAGCGCUGAACAAGUCGAAGACACCCCUGCAACGAAGUCCACCGACGGUUCCACAUGUCCAACUGCAACUCCCAAGGCCACCUCCCCGAACGCUAGGAAGCGAGGUGUCCCUGAGCCCUCUAUAGAAUCUGAACCCAGUAGCAAGAAGCACAAGGACUCUCCAUCGCCAUCAUCCAGCGGACUGCCAGCAAACUCACGGUUCCCCAGUCCGCCGGAUAUGCCGGCCACUCCGUUCGACAAGAACACUUGGCAGGGAUUUUGCGAAAUCGAAAGCGAGCCUGCGUGCUUCAGCGUCAUCCUCCGUGAGAUGGGCGUUCAGGACAUCACCGUCCGCGAGGUAUUCAGCAUGGAUCAGGAUUUCAUUCUCGACAACAUCCCGCAGCCAAUCUACGGCUUCAUUCUACUGUUCCACUACCGUGAGUUUGGCAACGACAACCAAGCCGACGAGUGCCCCAAGGACGUGUGGUUUGCGAAUCAGCUCCCCGCCCAGAACAGCUGUGCCACUCUUGCUAUGAUCAACAUCCUCAUGAACCAGAGCGACGAGGUUGUCAUCGGCGAGCACCUAGAGCAGUUCAAGGACUUCACCAACUACUUCACCCCGUACCAGCGCGGCGAGGCAUUCGCAAGCUUCGACUUUGUCAAGAAGAUCCACAACUCCUUCGCCAAGAAAAUGGACAUUCUCGAAGGCGACCGGCAUCUCAGUUUCAGAGUCAAGCGCGCCGAACGCCUCAAGGCCCAACCGGCUACCGAGAAGACCAAGCCGAGCAAGAAAACCAUCAAAUCUGGACGCUCUUCCCCCGACUCAGUAGCAUCCCACGAUAGCAACAAGAGCAUGGAGGGCAACGCACACCACUACAUCGCCUUCGUGCCCGUCGGCAACCAAGUGUGGAAACUAGACGGCCUGGACAAGCAACCCACGCCCGUCGGAUCCUUCGGCACCGACAACGGCGAAACAUGGCUGGCCUCCGCAUGCGCCACCAUCUCCAACCUCAUGGCCGCCGGCGAUGACAACUACGGUGUCAUCGCCCUGACACAAUCGCCGCUGUGCUCCCUGCGUAACCGCGCCGGUCUCACCAUCAACACCAUCACCCACGUUGACACGCGCCUCGACCACCUCUCCGCCACGGGCACCGCUCCCGACUGGCACCAGCUCGUUGAAGAACACGAACAGCCGCCCAGUCCCCGCAUGCUAGGCGUCGAGGCGAAUGUAGUUGCUAACCCCGUCCAAGAUAGUGUGAAGUCCGCCAUCGCAAAGGAAGAUAUGCAGCAACUGCUUGUUCGUCGCAAGCAACUCAUCCACCAAGCCAACAGUUUGGCGGAAAGUAUAAUGGUGGAGAUGCAGAAUGAGGCGGAAGAGGAUGCGCAGGCCACACAGCGGCGGUACGACUCUGGUCCUGUUAUCAAGAAGUGGUUGGAGAUGUUGGCUGAGAAUGGCUUCUUGGAGGAGAACCUAGAGAGGUUCAUGCCGGGCGAAGGGAAGAAGUGA